GCGCUGACUCCGCCCCGUCCCUGUGACAGCCAGGCUAGGGGCGUGACGUCACCGAGAGGCGGGCUCCGGAGCACAGCGAGCGCAAGAUGGCGGCCACCACGGGCUCGAGCAUCAAAGUCCCUCGUAAUUUUCGACUGUUGGAAGAACUUGAGGAAGGACAGAAAGGAGUUGGUGACGGCACAGUCAGCUGGGGUCUGGUGGACGAUGAAGACAUGACACUCACCAAAUGGACUGGUAUGAUCAUCGGACCUCCUAGAACAAUUUAUGAAAACAGAAUAUACAGCCUCAAAAUAGAGUGUGGACCUAAAUACCCAGAAUCCCCUCCGUAUAUUAGAUUUGUAACAAAAAUUAAUAUGAACGGGGUGAAUAAUUCUAAUGGAGUGGUGGACCCAAGAUCCAUAUCCGCUUUAGCAAAAUGGCAAAAUUCCUAUUGCAUCAAAGUUAUUCUGCAAGAAAUGCGACGUCUUAUGAUGUCCAAAGAAAAUAUGAAACUUCCUCAGCCACCCGAAGGACAAUGUUACAGCAAUUAAAAAAAAAAAAACGAAAAAAAAAAUUAAACAACAAAACAAAAAAAUCAAAAACAGCAAAAAUGGAAAAAAAAAAAUGUUCAUGCCCAAUUUAAGAGGAAAAAAAAAUGAAUUUAAGCUGUCUUCAUUUUCUGCGGUAGUCAGUUUUCUAGACACAUCCUGUAGACCUCAGACUUACUGGAAAGGAAGUUCCGAGAUAAAAAGUCAGUUUUGUUUUUUUUGUUUUUUUUUUUUUUAUCUUGAGACGCUGUAAAUUAUACUAAUUUUAUUUUAUUUUUGUUUUUUCCCAUUUUUCAGAAAGAAACAAAAAUAUGAAUUUGUGCUAUAACCAUUAAUCAUGUCUACAUAGUUGAAGUUCUGGUGUCGAGAAAAAAAAAAAUCUAUUUAAAUUUAUUACUGUUUAAGAGACGUGUGGCACAUUUUAUUUGACUGUGAAAACAUGUAUCACACAAUCACAUUGCUGCAGUUAUUUUUCUUUUUAUUUCUUCCUUCCCUGAUUUUACUUUUCCUGGCUUUACACUUCUAAGUUCUGAGCUUGCGGUCUGACAAAGCUUUUUUUUUUUUUUUUUUUUUUUUUUUUCCCCUUCCAACCCCCCCUCUCGUUUUAUUUUACUUCCUCUAUUUUUUUUUGUGUCCCAGUUUUCAAACUGGGUUUCAUGGACUACUAAUGGGAAAGCGUGCUAACUUGAGUCACCCACCCCCUUCCCCUGCCCUUGCCCUCACCCUUUCCUUCCUUUUUUUGUGUCGUCUUUAAUAAAUGCUGGAUAUGGCA